CGGCCUGGGGAGGCCCACGGAUUUCCUCGGCACCCAGGCCCUUGGAGCCACCAUGAGCCAGCCUCGACCCCUGGGCCUAGAGGAGGCUGCCCUGGAGUCCCUCCUGGGUGACCUCGUCAGCUACUACCAAGAGGAGGCAGGGGCAGGCCGGCUGCGGGUCUGCAGGGACGCAGCCCUCACCCACAGGGCCCAGCGGCUCUUGGCCACGGGAGCCCCCUCUCAGUUCUAUCUGCCUGAGCUUUUGGUCCCUGAUCCGGGGACCACUCACUCCCAGGGGGCGCCCAGCCCUGCCCGGCAUGUCUGCCACAACCUGGUACAGGCACUAGAGUUUCUGGAGCUCAUAUCUGUCAACCUACUUCUGUUUCCCUGGAGGAAGGAAAUCAGGUCCUUGAAGACUUACACUGGGAACUUCGCCUACCGGGUGCAGCCUGUGCUUUCCAAACACAUGAUGCACACCCUUCUGGGCAGGCUGGGCUACGCGGCCACCUCUGAGGCAGAGUUUUCGCUAGUCCAGGCCACCGGCAAGGAGGACGCCAAGCAGAUGGUGUUUGAGAUCUUCCUGGCGAGAGCUGCAUGUGAGGCCAUUCUGGAAACCUCGAGCAGGCAGGUCCUGGGACUGGGAAGAGAGGAAUCGGCCAGGCCCCACUCCAGGCGCAGCUCAGGGAGAAGGCUGGUAAAGGCCCACAACUGCCCCGAAGGGACCCGGCCAGGUCUGGGGCCCCCAGAAGGGCUGGGGUCUGAGAGGGCCCUGGCUGAGGGCCCUGACCAUCAGAGCACUGUGCCGGAGGCCCUGAGUCUGUCUGAGGUCUCGACGUUGCCCCGCACCCCCCUUGCUGGCCCCCUGCUCCCCUUAGACUCCCAGAGGGGCGCCAGCACAUACUCAGACAGUGAGGAGUUCUUGACCUGCUACAGUGACUUUGUUCUGCACCAGACGCCCUUGUUCCCCAAGGACUUUCUCCCGAGCAGCCUGAAGGGAGGGCAAGUCCAGGGCCCAGGCCUGGCUCCCAGCCCACCUUCAGGUGAGGCAGUCACCUCCUUAGCUAGCAGCAAUGAGUGGUCCCUGGUCCCUGAUGCAGCUCCUGAGAACACAGUGGUCACCGUACCCAGCCAGCUCUGCCUGACACCAGGUCCCCAACUGUCUGGGAAGUCCUUGGACCCAAAGCCAGAAGUAGAACCAGAGCUGGCCACCCCUGGCACGGACACUGUUCCUCCAAACACUUCCUCUGAGAUGGAUGAGCUCUGUGAACGCCUCUCCCAACUCCUUGGACCCCCAACUCUAGUGCGCCAUCCGAGGGGCUUCCCAGGCCCUGGGCUUGAAGAGAGUGAACUAGAGCCUCUCAGGGGGCCAGAGCCAGCCAGCAAGGGUGGCAGCCCAGACAAUACGGUCACUCGGCCCUGGAGGGCGACUCAGACGCCCUCUCAUGUACGAGAGCCCCCCAACACUCACUAUCUCCCUCGUGUGGGAGCUGGGAGUUCCCACCCAAGACCACCAUUCAGGCAACAGCUGAAAAUGUCACCACUGGAUGGUACCGGGACCCUGACUGAGGACACAGCUCUUCCACCAGGGAAGUGA